AUGAGUAUAAAUACAGAUCUCGCGACAGAGUUUAAAACAUCACUCCUAAACGCUUUACAAUCUCGUGAAAAAUCCGAGCAGGAUUUAUUUCAAUCUCAAUCCUCAGAAGUGACAUUUGCCGGAAUUUUUGAUUCUCCGUCAAAGCGAUCUAAAAAUGAUAAAAUUAGUGAAAAAAAGGAUGAUUUUGAGUUAGUAUUAGAUACUUCAGAUGAUAUAACUAAACUAGUUCAAGAGUUUUUCAAAGCUUCGCUGGCAGUUGGGAACACGGGGGAGCUUGUAAAUUAUAUUAUAUCGUUGCUCACCAUAGAUCCUCCGACUUGGGAGCGUAUAACUCUUAUUUUAUCGAUAUUUAAUGGUCUAAUCACUGACACGCCAACAACAUUUGGGCUGUUAUUAGCUCUUGGUGGCGAUAUUUCACAACAAUCUUCUACCCUCCAGCCUGUUAUGCAUAUCACAAUUCCACAGAUUUUCAAAGAUAUUGCAAGACUUCUUGAUAUUUCAUGUACUGAAUUGUGGAUGGGCGUGCUUUCAUUUAUGCGUACUAUUCUACAACAAAAUCCUAGAGCCAUGGUGGACAUUCCACCAGAACUAGCUACUGACAUUAUUAAAAAUAUUUUGCAACAAAUUGAUUUACUUCCAUCAUUUCUCGAUAAACAAAAGUAUAAAUGCGUUGAAAAAGGACGUCAGAUGAUUGAAACCUUAUUAAUUGGUAAAGAUUGUGGAGGUACCGGUUGUGUCUCACAUUAUCAGGUCAUUGAACAGCUGCAAAUAAUAUACGGAAUGCCUGUUCUUGGACGUUUUAUCCAUGUUCAUUGGUCCAUGGAACAAUUUGUGAAUGAGUUAUGUCAACGUCGCAAACGUCUCGCAUUUUUGAUGAUGCCACCCGACGCAUCAUGGCCAUUAAUUUCCCAAUACAGUCGACCUCAUGAAUACAUUGAUAUAACCCACCUGCCUCUUUAUCAACCAUUUUCUUGUGAUUACGAACAAUUUAUAGAUGAAGGGCAUGCUACAAAAUUUUCUUCGCGAUUUCGUGACUUGUUAUUUCAACGCGCGUCUAUUGAAGAGUUCAAAACUAUGGUAAAAUCUAUAAAACCAAGUACUCAAGGAAUGGAGCAUAUGCGUACUGCUUUUUUUGAUAAAGUGCACAACGUUAUUAAGUUGAUUCAAUCUCAAUCAAACUUUGAAGAGCCCAGAAUAGAUCAACAUUCAAAUGAAGAUAUGCUUAUCCCUGAAAAUCUUAGAUUUUGGCAGCUUAUCAUUGAACUAGGUGAUCAAUUAUUUAGUUUGGUCGCAACAGAUACUAUACGUGAAGCAUCCAAUAUCAAAUAUAGGCAUCCACAACUUGGGGCCGCAUUACAUUAUAUGCAAUUAUUCCAUUACAUUAAAAAGGAAUUUGAAAAAUAUAAAGCAAAUGUGAUGAAGCAUGAUUUAUUUAGAAAUUUACCCAUCCAGGAAAUGAUAAAAAUUUCUAUUGCCAGCCAAAUAAGCAAAAAUGUUGUAGCUGAUACUAUAUAUAACUGUUUAGUUCCUGGUAGACUUGAAUCAGGAAAGCUUGGAUUUCCAGAUGCAAAAUUUUUAAAGGGUGGCAUUAUUGAAUAUAAAUUACUAGACUUAAUUAAUGUCACUAGCAAACAUAGACUUAUAGAGCUUAUAUAUAAGAUGAGCCUUGAUGGAGAUAGUGCCCCCAAAUAUCCUAUAGAUGUAACUGAACACAAAAUAACAUGUGUUUCGCCUUAUGUUUUAGAUGUACUCUAUAAAACGGUCUAUAGUGCACCUUGGGCUUUAGAAACAUUAGUUAAGGAGAUUCUUGAGAAGUUGAAACGGUUUGAUAAGGCUACUAAAAUACAUGCUGAGGGGGGAACUCCGUUGUCUGAAACUGCUUUACGGUGGAAAGCAUCUAUUCUGCAGAUCCUUUGUCAUCGAUUUCAUAGAUUUUUGAAACAUUCUGCAAAGGCUCCUGAUUUAUUACAUUAUAUAAAGUAUUCUGUUUCUUCUUUAGAACAUAGACAAACAUACCGUGAUGCAGAAUUGUUUGCUUUGCACAUCAUGAUGAUGCAAACCGACGUCAAGUUUAUCAAAUCUUUGUCUGAUUCAAACCGAGAAAAGCAAAUUUGGUUUCCAGAAUCUGAACUACUGGCAAGAUAUAUGAUAUAUACCAUGGCGCGUCUGAUAAAGCUAAGAGGUGUUGGCGACGUCCCAGAUAUGAUUAAUGUCAUUCUAGAAAUUUAUCCACAUCCGAUUCAGUGGUCAGACACAACAUUAAGCUUUUUCCCAGAACCGUUGAGAACGCAACUUGCAGCUCAACAAUUGACAAUGGGAAUGACUGUUUCCUCUAUCUCUUUUACGGAUAAAGAUAUGAAUACCGCUUUGCAGGUUGGAAACCUUUUCAAACUGUUUAUGGAUCAGGCUCUUAAUUCGGAGGACGAAGCGACUCUUCAAGAACAUUACUCUAAACUUGAAAAUCAACCAAUAUUCUUAUGUUCUCUUUGGAAAAUUGGUUGUGGCAGAAAAAUUUUAAAUCCAGAUAUGAUGAACACUCUGAGAAAAGUUUUACUAAAAUUUCCUCCUUCCAGAAUGGCAACUUAUACCAUGACACUAAUUGACUUUAUCAUUGAAAUGAUAGAACGUGAUCCUAGUGGCAAUGGAUCACCAGUGGAGGUGUGCUACAAAAUGCUUGAUGAAUUGUUAUGGAAAUAUCAAAUUCUUGCAUAUGAACAUGUUCUUUUCGCGCUUGUCAAAGGGCAUAGUGAGGUUAAUACAACAGCAAUUGGAAUCCUAGAUUAUUUAUUGUUUAAAUCUGAAGAGUUUUCUGGAAGGGUUGAAUAUUUUAUAUCCUUGAAAUUUUCUCAUCGAUAUUGGACUGAGGAUGAUCAUCAUGAUAAAUUAACCGAAUAUCUUAAAAAAUAUCCUGAAUAUUUUCAAUAUGAAGCAUUUGCAAUGGAUGGCUAUGAAACUGUGAAUAAACCUUUGGAGCCAUCACUGGUAACAAAUAUGCCGAUUUAUUAUACAACAGCUAUUCGAAGAUCAUUACCAAUACUAGACAUAGUAAUUGGCAGAUUGAUUGAAUUCGGGCAGCAAGAGAUGCUUGCUAAGCUGCUUGAUAAAUAUAGGCACCUUUAUAGAUAUCAUCAGACACCUCUUGCUUUCGUUAGGGAUCUUUUGCAUUAUUAUUAUUCUGCUCCAGCAUUGAGGGACCAAUCUAUUUCCACGAGAUUAAUCAAAUUACUUGUCUCACCUAUCAUUUAUUCAAAAACAGACUUCGAUGAAUACGAUAUUGACUCUCAGUUAUUGCAAUAUGGAUCCGGAAAUGACGGAUUUUUAGAAGAGCUUUUUGACAUUACCUACUUUGAAAAAGUUUUCCGAAAAUUGGCCGAUUUAAUGUCUCCAGAUACGUGUGCCCCCAAAACCGAUGACAAAUUUCCAGAACGUCACUUUCGGGAAAUUCCAAAUCCUGUAGUACAGGCACUCCAUAUAGCUUGUAUAGAAGUGCUUGCAACGCCAAUACCACCUGAUCAAAUUGUGAAAGACUCGUUGGAUAUUAUAACUUCUAUGAAUGGACGUAAGAAUACGUCUGUCCAGCCUAUGGUCAUACAUGCUAUGGGCUUGUUGUACUCUUUCUUGCCUACUGAAGAUUUCGCAUAUCAGAUAUUUGAUAAGGUGGCGUUAAUAAUCACCACAGAUCCUCAUCUGAAAGAAUUCUCACAACCUUUUAAUUUGAUUCAACGCGAGCAAUCUCAACCGUCAUUAUCAUAUUUAUCAUACCAAUCAGAUCCAUUACAACCAUGGCCAUUUCUACCCUCAACACGAGCUUUUUCGGCAACGUUUCCCUAUAUUUUAAAUGAAUAUGCGUCUAAUCUUCAUAACUUUGGCACAAACGUUGCAAACAGUCUUCUCACAUUUACACAUAGCUUAUUGCAUUACUCUAAUAUUGAUGAUACACAAAUACUUCUUCACAAACUUUUAACUGUUGGUGAUAUUAAUACAGAUGUGCAAAUACUAUAUUUGUGUGCUUUAGUUGGGCCUGUGAUACAUAGAUUAUUGGAAAAUCAAAUUUUGGUUUUAACGAGCGUAAUUGAAUAUUCAUUUUAUAUAUUGCACAUCAUUCAAGUAUUGAAUAAUGUGACCUUAAAUAUGGAGUUAGUGAAUUGCGGAGACACAACACUUGCUUUAGAACAAAUUUAUGAUUUCUUGUAG